CUGAAAAGGGAGGAGGAAUCUUCCUUGAGUGGACAGGAUUUUAGCACCUAGGGCUAAACCAAUAAACCUCUGCCACCCAGUUCUGACCGGGAACAAGGAGCGGCAGUGUGUCUGGAAAUGCUCCCAGAGCCGGGUAGAGCAGGAGAGACAAAGAGACCAAAUAGAAAGAAGUGUGCGUGCUGGUGGGGCGGGAGAGGCGGAGAGAAGCCCCCCGUGUUUGGUAAUUGCCCAUGCAGCUGGAAGCAGGACGCAGAAAGCAGCUGGAGCGAGUGCUACGCUGGGCCCAAGUCUCUGAAAAGCAAGAUUUCUGGUUUGGGUUAAGCCUGCAUCCCCAGGGGAGUGUGGGGCAGAAUUUGCUUAAGACCCGAAGAUGCUCUUUCCUCUCAAUUCCAGCAGCUCUCUCACCAGCCCGGCCGCCCACACCCGGAGUGAUUUGGGUUGAACGGAGGCUCUUGCCUGGGCCAGGGCUCACCGAGGGUGUCGCUGAUUCCCUGAACUCUCCCUUUGCGCUGCACCUUAGCCAGCCUGACUGCGGCCUGCUCUGGGGACCAUGGAGGGGUCGGUCCGUGGGAGCAGCAUUGUGGCUACUCUCCUCUGCGGCUGUCUUCUGAGCUCCGUCUGUGCUUUGGUUGACACGGACGACGUCCUCACCAGGGAAGAGCAGAUUUAUCUGCUGGGUGAAGCGAAGGAGAAAUGUCAAACCAACGUCAAAGCCCAGCUGGAGAAAAUCAAAGAUGCCAGCUGCUUCCCGGAAUGGGACGGAAUUGUCUGCUGGCCCGAGGGCUCCCCAAGCCAACAGGUGUCGGUCCCGUGCCCAGAGUACAUCUACGACUUCAACCAUAAAGGCCACGCCUACAGACACUGUGAUGCCUAUGGGAAUUGGGAGCUAGCGCUCAACAUCAACAAGACGUGGGCAAACUACACAUCCUGUGUCCUUCCCUUCCAGGAAGUGUUUGACCGCCUGCACAUGAUGUACACCAUCGGCUACUCCAUCUCCCUGGUCUCCCUCAUUGUUGCCGUCUGCAUCCUCUGCUACUUCAAGCGUCUGCACUGCACCCGGAACUACAUCCACAUUCACCUCUUCGCCUCCUUCAUCUGCCGGGCCGCCAGCAUCUUCGUGAAGGAUGUGGUGCUUUACUCCGGCUCGCUGCCCGAGGAGCUGGAGAAGAUGCGAGUGGAUGAUUUAAAGGGCGAGUUGGGCCCCUUUCUGGGACACCGCACCCAGCUGGUGGGCUGCAAGGUGGUUGUGACCCUUUUCCUUUAUUUCCUGGCCACCAACCACUACUGGAUUCUGGUGGAGGGGCUCUACCUGCACAGCUUGAUCUUCAUGGCCUUCCUCUCCAACAAGAACUACCUGUGGGCCCUCACCAUCAUCGGCUGGGGUCUCCCUGCUGUAUUUGUGUCUGUUUGGGCCAGUGUCAGGGCCUCUCUGGCGGAUACACAAUGCUGGGACCUCAGCGCUGGGAAUAUGAAGUGGAUUUAUCAAGUCCCUAUCUUAGCAGCCAUUGUGGUGAAUUUCUUCCUCUUCCUCAACAUCGUGCGGGUUCUGGCGUCGAAGCUCUGGGAGACAAACACGGGGAAGCUAGACCCUCGGCAGCAGUACAGGAAGCUGCUGAAGUCCACCCUGGUGCUGAUGCCUCUCUUUGGGGUCCAUUACGUGGUGUUCAUGGCAAUGCCCUAUACUGAAGUCUCCGGCGUCUUAUGGCAAAUACAGAUGCACUACGAGAUGCUGUUCAACUCCUCCCAGGGUUUCUUUGUGGCUUUUAUCUAUUGCUUUUGCAACGGGGAGGUGCAGGCGGAGAUUAAGAAAGCCCGUUUCCGGAGGAGCCUGGCGCUGGACUUCAAGCAGAAAACACGCGUCACCAGCACGGGGGGGAGCUGCUAUUAUGGUGGGCUGGUGUCACACACCACCAACAGCGUCAGCAUGAGCAUCGCCGGACGGGGGCCGGCAGGGGCAGGGAUGCAGCAGAGCGCCAAGCACCGGGUCCUGCCGCUGUCCCCACACACCAGCCUGCUGGGAUAUAUCCCGAGCUCCUCUGCUUCCGACAACUCUGUGCCCUCCCCAACCCAAGAGAUUCCCCAGAAGGCCCCUGGGGAGAACGCCAAGGACUUUGUGUUUUUCCCAGACCUGGGUCAAAGUCAUUCCAGCCUGAGCAAAGAGGUGGAGACCAUGCUAUGAAGAGAGCAAGCAUGUCUCCAACCAGACCCCCCCAGACGGGUCUGGAAAGGGUUUGUAGUGUCAUGUGGCUGCCAAAAGGAUGACUGUAGUUUUGGGCUGGCUAUGAACAGGCAUUAUGCCAAGCAGAAUGGUUGCGAUGGUCCCUCUGUCUGCAGCUCUGUUGUGACUGAACCUGGAAUAAAAGGUUCAGUGCUAGGCAACAUGCAACCACAUAAAAAUGUGGGUAAAUUGGAUGGUCAAAGAAGAGCAAGAGAAAUGCUCAAAGGACUGGCAGAUGAGAAGAGAUGUGAAGAGCUCAAAUUGGACAGCUCAGCUAAGAGGAACGUGGGGAUGGGAAUCUGCUGGAUUGGGGCCAUAGGGCCUAGAGAGGUAGUCCUCUUCUGCACCGUACUUCUAACUUUAGGCACAAGCACGCCCCUUGAAAUCUGCUGAACUACUGUGAUUUUAAAGGGAAGCAUGUGUUUUAAAUGCUUUGCUGGAUCAGGGCCUUUCAGAGCAAAUGAGUAAAGGUUGGUCAUUCCCCACCUGCCUCUGGAGAUUUCCAUUACUUGAAUCUGAAGAAGUGAGGUUCUUACCCCUGAAAGCUUAUGCUCCCAAUACUAAUGUUAGUCUUAAAGGUGCCACAGGACCCUCUGUUGCUUUCUACAGAUUCAGACUAACACGGCUACCCCUCUGAUACUUGAUUCGCCACCAUGUUGGUUUUCAGAGGAAUGAUUGACAGGGUGGAGGGUAAUCCCAGAACAUUUGGUAGCUAAAUUCCACCCUACAAAACUCAAAGCGAGGGGGCAGCAGGCUGUCAGCUCAAGCCCACAAACAAGGGCAGUCAGACAGGUCCGUCUGGUGGAAUGGAUGUGGCUUGGACCAUCGUGCAGGCCAACUAGCUGGGCCCUGUUUUGCUGCAAACUGGAGGGUGCUUGGGGGAGGUUUGUCAGCCGACCCAAGUGAGCAGGGGGUUAUGCUGAACGGUGACCCUCCCUCCCCCAACUAACAUGCUAGUAAUGGCGAGUGCUGUGGGCGCUGCUCUGGGGAUGGAAGCUCACCGACAUUCUCAGCCAGCAGCUUUUAUUAAAAUCAGGCACAAAAUA